AUGUCACCUCUGAGAUUUGACUGUGACUUCCAUCUUGCUCACAGCCUCUUGCUGGCAGCUCUAAGCUGUCCUGUGCAGAGGCUCACAUGGCAAAGAAGUGAGGGGGACCCCAGGCCAACAGCCAGUGAGGAGCUGAAUCCUGCCAUCACCAUCUGGCCACGGGAGUCGGGGAUCCCAGGGCACCGGGAGAGGGAACACUCACCUGUGCCUGCCAAGGCUCCUCGGGAAACCGCCCACCGCCAGGCGGAGGGGGAAGGGCCGUGCGUGGCUCGAGGCGGCAAGGAAGCAGGGCCCAGCCCAGUCCCAACCCCUCUGCCCCGUUCACGGACCCAGCACUGCUGGGUUCAACCGUCACAAUCCCCGGCGCUGCUUCACCUCGCCGAGAAUUUGAAGGCAAACCCGCCAGGGUCACUUCCGGUGCUGGGGGUGGCCUCGUCAACUCCGGCGCACGCGGGGCGACGCCCCGGGAGCGAGGACGCCGGGCAGCGUGCGCGCGCCGGGCGCCGGGCGCCGGCCGGGGCCUGGGCAGGGCAGGCGGGGGCGCGCCUGCGCAGUGAGCGCCGCCUCGUGGAGGCCGUCAGGGUGGAGGGAAGUGAGGGUCGAAAUGUUGUAACCGUAGCAGGUAUCCUACCUCGGUAUUUUUUUUCGAAGUUCUUCCUCUUUUUUCCUCCCAUUUGGUUUUCUCCACACUCCUCAGAGGAUAGGAAGUCAGAGUGUCAUUGUACAGCAGAGUGGAUGCAGGCACUAGGACCCUUGGCAGUAGGGGGGAAAAAUGAGAUAAUCUGCACAACUUGUCUGGAUAUGACACCUGCUACUUCUGCCCACAUCUCAUUGGCCAGAGCAAGUCAUGUGACCAAGCCUGACUUCAAAGGGAUGGGACUGUGCAACUCUGCAGUGUGAUCUGAAGAAGAAAAAGAGAAUGUGUGUUCCACAGUCAUGACUACACUGGACAUUUCUUCUUUUACAAGGGUGGCUCCUACAACCACCAGCCUUCUAAAGUGAUUGCGUCCAAACUGGGACUCAGAAAAUUAUUUAUUAUUAUCACUCAUAUAAUAAUAAUAAGUGAUAAUAAUACAUAUUCAAUAGGAAAAAUGGAGCCAUGCAAGUUUUCAAAUUAAGGCAUAAGUUAUAUAGCAAAUAGGGAGAGUAAUUUGGCAGCUGUGAGUAGGAAGGUUUGGAGGGGAGGAAGAAGAUUGGGAGACUUGCAAGAGGUGUGGUGACAUGUGGAAUUACACAGAGAAAGUUCUAGAAGAAAUAAAUACAUUAAAUCAUUUUUUAAUUUAAA